CGCCGAUAACCGCGAAAUUCAAGCGAUUUAGGGAGCAUAAAUCUAAACCUUAUAGAAAGGAAUGUGGUGCUAACUGAGAAAGGAUAAUGUGAAAGGCGAAAUAUUCGCAAAGUAGUUUAGUGCGCAAGGAUGUAGAGAAAAUGGCAUAGACAUACAAUUCACUGUGGUGUCAUAUUUGGUCAAGUGCAGUUUUCAUUGGAUUCUCGUUGUGUACAAAUGGUGCGGAUGAAUGAAUAGUGUUGGAAUUUGAUGAAAAAUAAAAUAUUUGAUAUCUUUUGGAAGGAGUAACUCAUAAAUGAUAUAUCUGUAUUAUAUACAUAUGUAAGAAAAACGUUUUUAUAUAACACAAACGUUGGAAAGUCCUCCUAAAUUAGUAAAAAAAAAUACGAAGUAGUGUUAUGUACGUACAUCUAUUGUGCAGAAAAGUGUCUCUUGUGUAUAAAGUAACUUACUUUUUGCGGUUUGUCUAAACAAGCGAGUGCGUUUCCUAAGGGAAUGAAAGGAAAUCUUUUAUAUUGCUACUGUGUGUGUGCAUGUGAAAUCCAAGUGACACCCAUUGCUAUAGAAGCGAAAUUCAUGAAAAAUCGAUAUUCGCCAAAAAGGAAACGGUCAGUCGCGUUUUAGGUAAAGUGGCUAUAUGUACGCCUCCAUUUGGUUCAGACGCGAAAACCAAAGCGUUGUCAAUACAAAUUUACCAGAAAUAAUUACUUAAACAGUUAAUAACAGAUAUAGGUAAAUUAAAAAAACAAAAAUCUCGGUGGAAUCAAUACUAACAGCAAAUGUUGAGAUUUAUAUGCUACUUGUGUUGUUGUCAUUUGUCCUAAAUUCCAUUAGUCGCGUGCUCAAUUAUAUAUUUUAGACAAUAACUUGUAUACUUACGCAUAUUCACAUAUUUAAGUGUACAUAUGUAUGCAUGUAUUAAUCCAUUAUCCUCACUGCCAUCAACGUAGAAGCUACCACGUACCACCAAAUUUCUCGUUCUGUAAAUUCAUUGUCUACUCAAAACUGCCUAUUUCUGUGUAUGCAUUUUUUUACAAAACGUCCUCAAUUCCUUCACUCAUUACUUCAAAUGAGUCAUGUGCGUCCAAAAAUAUUCGAAUACUUUGAAAAACUUUAAAGUAACAGUGAUUUGUGCGGAUCGUAAAUCAAACGCUAUUUAGUGCCCUAAUUGGAAAAUUGUAGAUAAAUAAAUGUGAAUGUUUGCGGACGGGAUUUAAAGUCCUUUCGGUUAUUAUUACAAAUAUAAUUAUUGACUUGAUACUACGUUUGGAAACAAAAUGAAGACGCGUCUUGUUUCGUUAACAUACCGCGGCAGCGCCUCUGUGGAUCCGCGCUACUCCGCCGCAAUGUUGCCAUGGACCAUAAAUGAUAUCCGCUCCACUGAAAGCUACUCGAAGCUCUCCGUUGGCAUCGAAAAUGGUGUGCUCGAGUCAUAUAAUUCCGAUUUCGAAUUACAAUUCAGUCAUCCGCUCAAGCAUAUUGUCGGCAUGUGCCGCAUCGUACACAAGCAGAGCAACACGAAAAGCGCCGGUAACGGUUUCCUCCAGUUGAAAGCCUUCACCAGCGUCGGCAGCGCCACAAGUAGCACAGCGAAUGGUUUGAAAUCGAAUGGCACAGGUGGUGCCUUAACCACCUCUACUUCGUAUGGUUCGCUGUCCUCGAGCGCAGCACUGCGCGAACGGGAGCGCGAGCGUGAACGCGAACAGGCGGCGUUGGCCGCUGCAAAUGGCGUGGAUGGUGGUACUAAUGAGCCAGUUAAUGGCGGAAAUGCGAAUAAUUUCAUGGAAUUUCUCGGUCCCAUCACAGGCCUCGUGUACUUGAUGAAGGAUCCGCGUGACCCGUUAUUGCAUAUUUAUCUAUUCGAAUGUGAAGCGGUUGAGGAGAUGGCCGAGCUCAUGCAUCAAAUGCGUGAUCCUGCGCACACACUUGGCGGCUCUGUGGGCAGUAUACCGCAGACCUUUGUCGCCAACGGCUCCAGCAAUGACUUAUCCAUGCAACGCGCACUCACCGGCAACGGCAUACACGCCACACCGGCCACCAAUCUCAAGCUCAGCGAAGCCGUACGCAAUGCUCAACACGAUGCUAGUCCCAAUAUUAUUUCGUCUAAGAUGAAAUCAUCUAAAUCGUAUACGCAUGGCUUGAGCAACUCAGCGGGCACCGUGCACAUUCCGACAUCUACCUCUGCGCAGAGUAAUCUGUCAUUGCUCGCCGAUAUCUCACCCAAUCACACACACUUCUUCGAAGUCAUGUAUGUGGGUAAAAUACGUGUGUCACACAAGCGCGUGCCCUUCUCAUUCAUCGAUGACGCCCUGCCCAAGUUCAAGGCGUACGACGCGCAACGUACACGUCUCAUGCAGUUGACCGCCACCGCCACGGCCAGCGCAGCAACAACGGCAGCAGCGUCUAAUCGCAAACUCUCCUUGAAUGUUGAGUCCAGCAAUGUCAACGCGCACGCCAAUAGUAGCACAGUAACGUUCGAUCUGAAAACCAUUUCGCUCAAAGAGAGUGAUGCUGAAGAGUCAGCGGCAGAAAUGGCUGAGGGCGCGGGCGCAGAAACAGAAGCCGAAACAUCAACGGAGACAGAAACGGAAGCUGAACAGCAGGAUGCACUGCCACGCAAGUCGAUGAAAGAAAGCAUUGCAGAGGAAGGCGUUACACAAAUCGUUGGGGAUGAGCAGAACACAUCAAACAAAUCGAAUAAAUUACCAAAGCGAUUACUGCGCGGCAUUAGUCAGACUGAACUUCCUGUGAAAAAAGAUGCAAGCACAGAAGAAGAAAAAGUAGCAGGUCCAAGGACAGAUGUGUCACUUGCACCGAAUGUUAUAAUCAACAAACAUCCAUCACCGCCACGUCAGGCGCAGGAGGCGGAGGCUCCAAAAGAGCAAGCGAAGCAACAAGAAAAAACGACAACAACAACAGCAGCUGAUGAAACUCAACAGCAAAUGCUCAAGAUACCACAACAACCAACCUACGCAACGCUCGACACCAUACCCAAACAACGUGAUCGCUCCGCCUCGUACGGUUGUAUUCCUCCUUUUGUUGAGCAAAACCGCACCAUGGUCUUUCUGGUGGGACGCUCUGAUUUGCGGCUCAUCUCGCCAGAUCGCAAGCAAGUGUUGCUAUACAAGGACUUCAAGGAUGUGGCCAGCUGCGCGCAAGGACAGAAGAAUCCCGAUCAUUUCGGCAUCAUCUGUCGUGAGGUGCAUAAUGAUGGCUACAUAGGUUAUGUAUUUAAAUGUCAGUCGGAUCAUGUGUGCGACGAUAUAGUGGCGGCCAUUUCGCAAGCGUUCGUCACUUGCGCAGAACAAAAGAAAAAGGAAGCCACACAGAUCUUCUCGUGUGAACACUGUCCCAUGUUGUGGUAUCACAAACUCUGUAGCGACGUCGAAGGUUUGAGUGAGAAAAAAACACAAGCGAUGAUAUUCCGUCGCAUAGAAUCGCUUACCGACGAUGAGCAAGACAUGAUUUGGGCCAAAUACUAUGGUUCGGAGAAGACAAGCUCACCGCUGUCCGAGCAAAAUCAAUUUUUAAUGAUGCUCUUACGUGCGCAUUGUGAGUCACGUCAGCAAAGGCAUGUGCACGACACUGCAGAGAAUCGUUCAGAGUUCUUGAAUCAAUACUUGGGUGGUAGUACGAUUUUCAUGAAAGCCAAACGUUCGCUCACCAACUCAUUUGAUCAUCUGUUGAAACGUAAAGCAUCCAAGGAUGACAUUGGUAUAGCGCAUGAUCUGCGCGAUCAUCAGAUACGUGAGAAAUCGGCCGAGCCGCAUCCGGUUAGCCGCAGUGGCAAUGAGACACCACCGGAGGGUUUCCGCUCCCGUUCGAACACGAUUGGUAGCGCAAGUCCGAGCAAACCGAAUGCGGAGCACUUGAAGAGUCCCAUGAUGGAUAUUUUCAUUAAAGUCGGCAACAGUCCCAAGGAAUCUGAAGCACAUAAAGCUUCAUGGCGUCACGCCAUUUUAAACAGCGUGGUAACACCAUCAAAGGGCAUGGAUGGCGAUGCGCAGAAUGAAUUUAUGUCACCAAUGAGGAUUACAAAACGCAUACGCGGCAAAAGGUCGCGUGAGGAACUUCGCGAUCUCUGGAAGACGGCCAUACGUCAGACCAUACUGUUGAAUCGCAUGGAAACCGAGAAUGCUAUGUUACAGGCGCGUCAAAAUGAAAAUGAGCUCAAACGCAUAAAACUGGACUAUGAAGAGAUCGUACCAUGCGACAAACAACUGAUCGAGCGUUGGGAGCAGAUCAUUGAACGUGACUCCAUGAAAAUCGCCAAUAAGAAGGAUCCCAAAGUGUUGGCACAAGCGAUUAAAUGUGGUGUGCCACGUUCGAAACGUGGUGAUGUUUGGACCUUCCUCGCCGAUCAGCAUUCCAUGAACACAGCACCAGUGGAUACAAAGAAAUUUCCCAAUUUCAAUACGCCCUACCAUACUUUGCUGAAAAAUCUCACCGAACAUCAGCAUGCCAUCUUUAUCGAUUUAGGACGCACCUUCCCUAAUCAUAAAUUCUACAAAGAUCCGCUAGGUGUAGGGCAAUUGUCGCUGUUCAAUUUGCUGAAAGCCUAUUCCAUACUCGAUCCGGAGCUGGGCUACUGUCAAGGUUUGGGUUUCAUAUGCGGCAUAUUGUUGUUGCAUUGCGAUGAGGCGGACGCUUUUCAAUUGCUCAAACAUCUCAUGUUUCGCCGUCAGAUGCGCACGAAAUAUUUGCCGGAUAUGAAGAAAUUCCAGUUGCAGUUGUAUCAACUAUCACGGCUCGUCAAAGAUCACUUGCCAGAAUUAUACAUUUGGCUCGAUCAGAAUGACGUGUCACCCACUCUGUAUGCCGCACCCUGGAUUCUAACUGUAUUCAGCUCACAAUUUCCAUUGGGUUUCGUGGCGCGCGUUUUCGAUUUGCUUUUCCUCGAGUCAUCGGAGGUGAUUUUCAAAUUCGCCAUCGCUCUGCUGACAGUGCACAAAGACGAGUUGCUGGCCCGCGACAACUUUGAGGAAAUUAUGGAUUAUCUAAAAACAGUUGUGCCGAAAAUGGAAGCGCACACAAUGGAGAAAAUAAUGAAAUUGGUAUUCACUUUAGACGUCAGCAAGCAGCUGACCGAAUAUAAUGUGGAAUACAAUGUAUUACAAGAAGAGAUCUCAACAGCAAAUCACCACUUGGAGAUGUUGAACCGAGAGAAAACACGUAAUAUGCAUCUCGAACAGCAACUACAGUUUGCUCAAUCGUCGAUCGCACAGUUGGAGAAGACACGAUCCUCUCAGCAAACACAAAUCACCUCGCUGCAAACACAAGUACAAUCGCUGGAGUUGACCAUACAAACGCUCGGUCACUUCGUCACUCAAUUGGCCGAACAAAAUGUCGAGCUCGAAUUGCCCGGUGAUGUGCGACGCAUACUGCAACAGCUGGACGAUUUGGAGCGUCAGCGGCGCCGACCACACUUCACUGAACGCAAAAUUGGCAAAUCCGUGUCGGUCAAUAGUCAUUUGGGGUUUCCACUAAAGGUGUUAGAAGAGUUGAACGAAAGAGAAGAACAUGGUUCGCCACAAAAGAAGAAGGAGAAGACACCUUUUUUUGAGCACACCUACGAACAAUUGCGACAACAACGCUUUGCACAACAGCAACAAAACGCUCAAACUUCACCAACAACACAACAGCCACGAAAGUUAUUAAAUAGCGCUAGCAACUCGCUGGACGACAACCAAUACCAAACACAAACGCAACAUCAACGGCCAAAUCGCCUACUUGACUCAGCAGACAUACAAACGAAACCUACAGAACUCAAGUUACCCAACCAGUCGGAGCAACCGUUCGAUAGCGCCAACAUACGCAGCCCACUUGAGGUGGACAGCGGCGUGGGCACACCACUCAGCCCGCCCAGCACGAGCAGCAAUAGCAGUAGUAGCGGCCUGAGCACAGGCUCCAGCAGUGGUGGCAGUCUCUUCAGCCGUAUGGGUUACAGAAAUACACCAGCGGCACUAUCACCGUUAAGUAGUCGGCAAACUUUGUAUGGCGCCGGCAGUGUGCCAGCAACAACAACGCCUGGUGGCAAAGUCGUGCCAGCUGUCGCGAUUAUUGCGCCCGCCGAGCAACCACAAACGGAUGCAGAAAUGCAUCCGCUCAGCAUGGUUGGUGAGGUGAAUGUGCGUUUUAACGGUACAACACAGCUCAAAUCGAUACGACCCGUACAUCAUAUGCGUCCGAUGGCCACUGUGGCAGCAGGUGUGGCGGCAGCGGCCGCCUCGGCGCUGCAAGAGCAACCGACAAAGACGGCCAGCGAGAUCAGCAGCAGCAACAGCGGCAGCAGUGAGGCAAUCAAUACUGAUGCGGCUAAUGGUCGCAGCUAACGGUUUUGAUUCAUAGCGAAAAUUUUGCGUAGCUUCUAUUAAAGCAACAAUAUAACACAUGAAAGAUACAAAAAAAUAGAGGAAAAUAGAAAAUAAAGUGAAAACUGCGGCAUUUUUCCAGUUUGAAAGCGGGCUUCAAAAUAAAGUGGUUAACGCAAUUGACAAAGUUUUAUAAAAAAUACCGCUUCUUAAAAACGAUUUAAAUUCAUACCUUCUUAACAUAAAAUUUUACUGAAAGAUGAAGUUAAAAGUCUAAGAAUAUUAUUCUCAGUUCUAUUUACAAUUUGAUGUUAUCCGAGAAAAUUAUGAGUUUCACUAGAUUUCUAAGCUGCGGAUGUUAUCAGCAAUUUUUCCAAUAACAAUAAAUAUGUAUGUAUUUCGCUUUCAAACUGAAACUGAUCGCAGUUGGAGCAACCAAAAAAAAUCUUUAAGCUUUAUGCGCUUAAAAGAAAUCUAGCAAAAAUUCUACAGUUUCUGAAUGAAGAACUGCUUUCAAAUGCCGCUAACAGAUUUGAUAACUUUAAUAAGAGCACCUACGCCAACACGAUCGCUAUGCAAUAUCUCUAAAAUUAUAAGGUGAAUUAUGUAUUUAGACAAAUAUAUGUAUGUAUAUGAAUGUCAGCGUUAAAAUGUAACCGCUAACCCCUUGAUGAUAAUUACAGUGAUAAUUAAAUAUUAUUUCAGUUAAUAAUUAUUUUACAAAAGUUGUCCUUGCAAAGUCAACAGUUAUUGCAAAUAUAUAAAUAUUACUAUUAACUUAAAAUUUAUAAAAUAUUAUAAAGCCUUUUUUGUUAUUUUUCUCUUCUUAAUUAUUAUUAAUAUUUUUUAUUGUUUAAUUUGUUAAUAUAUUCUAACAAAUAGAGUGAAAAUUAUAAAUAUUCACAAAGGUAUAUAUAUUGUCAUAUUUCGCGUGUUUGAACAUAGUUUUGAGACUAGUCACGAGUCAAUCGACCCUGUGUAAGCAUAACGGAAAAGUACAGUUUUAAUGUUUUGAAUAAAGUUAAGAUAUAAGUUCCUUAAAACUAUUAGUUUAUAUAUUUUAUUUUUUUUUUAAUAUUUUUUUCUGAUUUUGUUUCUUAUAAAAAAUUAUAAUAAACCAAAUCGCUUGACAUGUAAAUAAUAUAGUUAUUGGAAUAUGUAUGCUUAUUUAUACGUAUAGUAAUGGCUUAAUUUAUGCACUUGGAAAUAAAAAAAUUAUAAAUAUUAUAUUUAAAAACUUGCUUCGCUGAGUCCCAAUUCAUGCAUGUAAAGAUAACUUUAAUUUUUCUCUUAAUUAGUUUAAACCAAAAAUAAAAAUGAAAAACACGAAUUAAAAAUUUUUUUGAUAAUUUUCUAAAACAAAUAUUUUAUCAGUAAACAUUAUUUAUUAUUUUUUUAUUUUAUUAUAUCUUUUUAUUUUUUUUUUAUUUUAUUUUUUUUUUUAUUUUUUUUUUUAUUUUUUUAUUGUGAAUUGUUAACCUGGCAGCACCGCCCAAAAUACUUUUGGGUAUAUUUUAUGCCUCUAGAACAUCAGGAUUGAAGUUCACCAAGUUGAAAGUGAUAGAUCUCGCGCCUAGGCUUUGGUAAAUAUGUAUGAAGAGGAAGCUAACCUUUAUUAUAAUUUUUCAUAAUUGUUUUUGGACGAAUAAAUUUAAAAACAUAAUCUGAAAAUGUUAAAAUGCUUAGAAAGAAAGAAAAUUAAUUUAGCAUUGUUUUUAGUUUAUAAGAAUACUUAAGUGUAAGUAGAUUGUUAGUAAUUUACAAAUAUUUUUAUAGAUUCUUAUUCAAAGCUAAUAUACAUAAGUCUAUGUAUGUAUGUGUAAUUAUAUUGCGAAAUUUUACAAAAUUUUCUGUUUUCAUUUCCAUCUGCAAUUUUUUUUUUAAUUUUUUAAUUUUUUGUUUGCUUGAAACAAAUAAUUCGAACGUUGAUACCACUCAUAUACUCGUUUACACGAACAGUAAAUAUUUACAAAAGUACUUAAAUAAAAAUUAAAAACAAAAAAAACAUAACGUUAAAUGUGUAUGCUUGCUUAUAUGGACUAUAUGUGUUAUGUUGUGAUUAAAAAACAUAAAAAACGAAAAAUAUUUAAAAACUUAUAUUUGAAAAAGUGCUAGUUGCAAAUUACUCGCUUAAUUACCUACAAAUACCUACAAAAGUACAUAAAAUGUUUAUGUAUAAUCUCUCUUAGCAUAAGCUGGUGCAUAAAUUUGUAUAAUCACAUGCCUAUGUAUAAGUAUAACUUUUUUUUUGUUAUUUACUAGUGCGUGUUAUAAUUUAUUAAAAUCGAAUGUAGUCACAUAUGUAAUCAAAAUUAAAUACAAUAUAUAUUGUAAUUUCUAGCUUAGUAAUGUAAUUUGCAAGUCCCAAAAGCAUUGCCGUGACUUAAAUGUACAUAAGUGUGUCCACACAUACCCACAAAUAUAUAUACAUAUAUGUAUACUAUAUGUGUGUAUAUGCUUGCAUAGUGUGUAGUGGUGUCGAAGUGUAGUGCCCAAGUAUGCGGUCUGCUGCAAUUCUUCGCAAAUAUUUAUAGAUGCUAGUACUCGUAUAUUUGUAUCCGAAUUUCGAAUACCUACUUUUCAAGGUUUUAUAAAAUGCUUCAAAUUGUUAAAUUUAUAUGCUUACACAAAAUUUACAUACAUUAAUACAGAUAUACAGUUAUAUUAUGGAAAUGUCUCAGUAAAAUAUAAAUUGCUAUAUGUCUUUGAUUGCGGAGCAGCAUAUUUAUUUGAUUAAACAAAUACAAAAACAAAAAGCAAAUAAAUACAAUUUAUUAUGUAGUUCACUAAAAGCAAUUGCAGCUAUUAAAUAAAAAUGUAUAAAAAAAAUA